GCCGCGGGCUGCGCGUCGUUUCCCUUCGGGUCCGUGCAGCGUGGCCGCCGCUUCCCCCGGCGGCAUGGCGGGGGCGGGGAAGGUGUUCGCCACGCUGAGGAACCACUGGAAGAAAACCACGUUCGGUGUGUGCUUGCUGAGCUGGGGGGGGAACUGGCUGUACGGGAAGCACUGCGAUAACCUGCUACGGAGAGCCGCGUGCCUAGAAGCCCAGGUUUUUGGCAACGAACUGAUUCCUUCCAAUAUGCCUUUGAAGAAAGCAACAGUUUUCCUCAAUCCAGCAGCUUGCAAAGGCAAAGCCAGGAACCUUUUUGAGAAAAAUGCUGCUCCGAUUUUGCACCUGUCUGGCUUGGAUGUAAAUAUAGUUACGACUGAUUACGAAGGACAAGCAAAAAAACUGAUGGAACUGAUGGAAAACACAGAUCUGAUCAUUAUUGCAGGAGGAGAUGGCACAGUACAAGAGGUCGUAACUGGACUUCUUCGCAGAGCAGAUGAGGCUGCCUUCAGUAAGAUUCCUAUAGGAUUUAUACCUCUUGGAAAGACCUGCACUUUGAGCCACACUCUCUACCCUGAGAGUGUGAACCAAGUACAGUAAGUAUUACGUGUUUCUGAAAGGUAGCUUUUGUUUGUUUUCAAGGAGCAAUGCUUCUUGGUAGUUUGGCACUUCCUUUUUCUUCUGUGUUACAUGAAAGUUGGCAGUCUCUGGACAGAGCCUGAUGAUUCGGUUCGAUAUAAGAUUGUUUUGUCCACUUCUAAACCAAAGUCUAGUCAAUUAAUCUUUCUUUUCCUCACACUUCAUUCCCUUUCAAUAUUUCCUCCCUUUCCUUUCGUGCUAACAAAUAUAUUUCUCCUUGCUACUGAAAUCUGUUCGCUCUGGUUCUCCCAGUGACUAAUUAGCAUUCUUAUUCACGGGACCCUUGCUGAUAUCCCUCACACAUAAAAUCCACGAGCCAACUGGCAUAACAUCUUUCAUUAAUGCCACCAGAGUGCUUUGAAGCUCAGCAGGAUGGACAAGGCUGCAAUCAGCAGCAAAAAUUAAAAUAAUAAUUUAUAUUUGAGUUCUAAAGAAGCUGUUUGAAAUGAGUGAUCUUUUUGUCCUCAGAUACUGAACUGUGCAGGUGAUACUGCAGCAUACUGGUGAAGCUGAAAGGAAUUUGAUCAAUAGGUUGCUGAAAGCUGAACCCGACUUAAGGAGUGUGGAAAUGAUAUUUUAAAAAGAAAUACUUUGGUUCUUUUGUCACUAUUAGAGCUAUUCUUUGGAGUGUAGGAAUUGCAGAGAUAUUACAGAAAGGCAGAAGCUAGGAGAAAAGAAAGACUGAGAAAGAAACAGCUUCCUUCUCUGUCUCAGUAUCCUAAGCCUGAUGAAGCCAAAGGCAGUUUCACUUGUUGAUUCACCCACGUGAUAUUGGGUUGGAUCUGAAAACUGUUUGGCUUGGUUGUUUUCCAGCUGAAACAGUGGAAUUAAGCAGUGUAGAAUUUAAAUUUACCCAACUUUGUUUAAUUAGAGAAAAAA